UUCCAAAAAAGUGAUCGCAGACCCCUGCAGCGUCUCCUCCAUUCAUUGCAGUGACGAGCGGCGGCGCGUGCGGACCCCGGCGGCUGCAGACACGGCGGCGCGGCGGCCGGGGCGCGGCAAGCGGAGAGUUUCUGAGGCCCUAGGAGGGGGCAGUCCGUGCGCUGAGAGGGGGCAGGCUCCACGCUCCCGGGCGCUGCGAGGCGGCUCGGGGAGUCCGGUCCGGGCGCUGCGAUUGCCUGGCCCCUGAGGGAACAUGGCCACUAUGGAGAAGCUGAUGAAGGCCUUCGAGUCCCUCCGCUCCUUUCAGCAGCAGCAGGGUCCGGCUGCCAUUCCCGAGGAGCCGCUCCAGAGAGUAAAGAAAGAACUUACAACUUCCAAGAAAGAUCGAGUGAAUCACUGCCUGACAAUAUGUGAAAACAUAGUUGCUCAGUCGCUAAGGAAUUCUCCAGAAUUUCAGAAACUGCUUGGUAUUGCUAUGGAACUCUUUCUUCUCUGCAGUGAUGAUGCAGAGUCUGAUGUCAGGAUGGUUGCUGAUGAAUGUCUCAAUAAAGUUAUAAAAGCCUUGAUGGAUUCCAACCUUCCUAGGUUACAGUUAGAACUCUAUAAAGAGAUUAAAAAGAAUGGUGCUUCUCGAAGCCUCCGAGCUGCAGUUUGGAGGUUUGCUGAACUUGCUCAUCUGGUUCGACCUCAGAAAUGCAGGCCAUACUUAGUGAACUUACUGCCCUGUUUAACACGGAUAAGUAAACGACCUGAAGAAUCAGUACAAGAGACGCUGGCUGCAGCAAUACCAAAAAUCAUGGCAGCAUUUGGCAACUUUGCAAAUGACAACGAAAUCAAGGUUUUAUUGAAGGCUUUUAUUGCUAAUCUUAAAUCCAGUUCUCCUACUAUCCGUCGAACAGCAGCUGGAUCAGCAGUAAGCAUCUGUCAACACUCACGAAGAACACAAUAUUUUUAUACCUGGCUACUGAAUGUGCUUUUAGGUCUGUUAGUACCUGUGGAAGAUGAACAUCCUACUCUUUUAAUUCUUGGAGUACUGCUCACACUAAGGUAUCUAAUACCAUUACUGCAGCAGCAAGUGAAGGAUACCAGUCUGAAAGGCAGUUUUGGUGUAACAAGAAAAGAAACAGAGAUUUCACCUUCUCCAGAUCAGCUUAUACAGGUCUAUGAGCUGACUUUGCAUUACACUCAGCAUCAGGACCAUAACGUUGUGACUGGAGCUUUAGAACUAUUACAGCAACUUUUUAGAACGCCACCACCUGAUCUUCUUCAUGCCCUGACCACUUCAGGGGGCAUUACACAGGUCAGUGUAUCCAAAGAUGAGUCUAUCAGCAGAAGCCGCAGUGGAAGCAUAUUAGAGCUUAUAGCUAGAGGGGGGUCUUCAUGCAGCCCUGUUCUGUCAAGAAAACAAAAAGGCAAAGUACUUUUAGGAGAAGAAGAAGGCUUGGAGGAUGACCCUGAAACACGUUCGGAAGUCAACACUGCAACUUUUGCAGCCUCUAUGAAGAGUGAGAUAAACAGUGAAUUAGCUUCUUCAUCAGGAGUAUCAACAGCUGGAUCAAUAGUAAGUUCUGCAGCGGAUCCUACAGGACAUGACAUCAUCACUGAGCAGCCACGUUCACAACAUACUUUGCAAUCAGACUCUGUAGACCUGACCAGUUGUGAUUUGGCCAGCACAGCUACUGAAGGAGAAGAAGAUGACAUGCUUAGUCGGAGCUCCAGCCAAAUCAGCACUGUCCAGUCAGACCCCAUUAUGGACUUGAAUGAUGGCACGCAGGCAUCUUCACCUGUUAGUGAUAGCUCUCAGACUACCACAGAAGGUCCAGAUUCAGCUGUGACCCCUUCGGACAGUUCUGAAAUUGUUCUCGAAGGUACUGAAAGCCUGUAUUCUGGAAUGCAGAUUGGACAGCUGCAAGAUGAGGAAGAUGAAUCUGCAAAUGUUCUCCAUGAUGAAUCCUCAGAUCCUUUCAAAAAUUCUUCCCUUGCUCUUCAGCAACCCCACUUACUGAAAAACAUGGGCCAUAGCAGGCAGCCUUCUGACAGCAGUGUAGAUAGAUUCAUGGCAAAAGAAGAAGCAGUAGAAUCUGGAGAUCAUGAAAAUAAGCCUUCCAGAAUAAAAGGAGAUAUAGGUCACUACACAGAUGGAAAUUCUGCUCCUCUGGUUCACUGUGUUCGUCUCCUAUCUGCUUCUUUUCUGCUUACUGGGGAGAAAGGUGCUUUAGUUCCUGAUCGGGAUGUGAGGGUCAGUGUAAAAGCAUUGGCAGUAAGUUGUGUUGGAGCAGCUGUUGCCCUUCAUCCUGAAUCUUUCUUCAGCAAACUGUAUAAGGCACCUCUUGAAACCAUGGGAGAAGAGUAUGAAGAGCAGUAUGUAUCAGAUGUUUUGAACUAUAUUGAUCAUGGAGAUCCCCAGAUUAGAGGAGCAACUGCCAUUCUCUGUGGGACCAUUGUCUACUCCAUUCUCAAUAAAUCACGUUUUGAUGUGGAAAACUGGCUAGCAAACGUCAGAAGUUCAACAGGAAAUCUCUUUUCUCCAGUAGACUGUAUACCUCUCUUACAGAAAACUCUGAAAGAUGAAUCCUCAGUUACAUGCAAACUAGCUUGUGCAGCAGUGAGGCAUUGUAUCAUGAGCUUAUGCAGUAGCAGUUACAGUGAACUAGGUUUACAGUUAAUCAUUGACCUCCUUACUCUGAAGAAUAGUUCUUAUUGGCUUGUAAGGACAGAGCUUCUGGAAACUCUUGCUGAGAUAGAUUUCCGGUUAGUCAGGUUUUUGGAAGGAAAAGCAGACAACUUACACAGAGGAGUUCAUCAUUAUACUGGGCUGUUAAAACUUCAGGACAGAGUGCUUAACAGUGUUGUAAUCUACCUUCUUGGUGAUGAAGACCCCAGAGUGAGACAUAUAGCUGCAGCUGCUUUGAUGAGGCUUGUUCCCAAGUUGUUUUAUAAUUGUGACCAAGGACAGGCUGAUCCAGUAGUGGCAGUUGCAAGAGACCAAAGCAGUGUCUACUUGAAACUCCUAAUGCAUGAAACUCAGCCUCCAUCUCACUUUGCAGUGAGCACUAUCACCAGAAUCUACAGAGGUUACAACAUGGUGCAAAGUCCAGCGGAUGUCACUAUGGAAAACAACAUUUCUAGGGUUAUCUCAGCAGUUUCCCAUGCAUUAACAACAUCAACUACAAGAGCACUUACUUUUGGCUGCUGUGAAGCUUUGUGUCUUCUCUCUACAACAUUUCCCGUGUGCACAUGGACUGUAGGAUGGCACUGUGGGUAUGUUUCUUCAUCCAGUAUACAAGCUUCUAGAAUUCAUAUUUACAAAAACAGAGGACACUCAUUCAGUGUUUCCCAGCUGAAUCCUUCAGAAGAAUCUCAGAAGAGCUGUACUAUUGGAAUGGCUGGUAUGGUUUUAUCCCUUCUUUCAACUGCCUGGUUCCCACUGGAUCUUUCUGCACACCAAGAUGCUUUAAUUUUGAUUGGAAACUUGCUUGCAGCAAGUGCGCCCAAAUCCUUGAAAAACCCCUGGACUACUGAAGAUGAUGUGAAUCCAGGUGCUGCUAAACAGGAGGAGCCAUGGCCAGCUUUGGCUGACCGAACUCUUGUUACUUUGGUAGAACAACUCUUCUCUCACUUACUGAAGACAAUUAAUAUAUGUGCUCAUGUAGUGGAUGAUGUUGCUCCUGGCUCAGCAAUAAAGGCAGCAUUACCUUCUCUCUCAAACCCACCUUCUCUAAGUCCAAUUCGUCGGAAAGGAAAAGAAAGAGAACCUGUGGAACAAACAUCUGUACCAAUGAGCCCUAAAAAGGGAAGUGAAAUUAAUCCAGCUGCUAGGCAAACUGAUACUUCAGGUCCUGCUCCAACAAGCAAAUCAUCAUUACUGGGCAGUUUCUAUCAUCUUCCAUCGUAUCUCAAGUUAUAUGAUGUCUUGAAAGCUACCCAUGCGAACUAUAAGGUUACACUGGAUCUUCAGAACAACAAUGAAAAAUUUGGAGGUUUCCUGCGAUCAGCUCUGGAUGUCCUCUCUCAAAUUUUGGAACUUGCAACUCUUCAAGACAUUGGAAAGUGUGUUGAAGAGAUAUUGGGAUAUCUGAAAUCCUGUUUUAACAGAGAACCAAUGAUGGCAACAGUUUGUGUACAACAGAUGCUGAAAACUUUAUUCGGAACAAACUUGGCUUCUCAAUAUGAUGGCUUAUCUUCAAACCCCAGCAAAUCUCAAGGCAAAGUCCAGCGUUUAGGCUCUUCUAAUUUGAGGCCUGGUCUUUAUCAUUACUGCUUCAUGGCCCCUUAUACACACUUUACACAGGCACUUGCUGACGCGAGUCUAAGGAACAUGGUACAGGCAGAGCAGGAACAUGAUGCUUCAGGAUGGUUUGAUGUUCUGCAGAAAGUUUCUACGCAACUGAAAACUAGCCUUACAAGUGCAACAAAACAUCGUGCUGACAAGAAUGCUAUUCACAAUCACAUUCGCUUGUUUGAACCCCUUGUUAUAAAAGCUUUAAAGCAAUAUACAACAACAACAUCGGUACAACUACAGAGACAGGUUUUAGAUCUACUAGCACAGUUGGUUCAGCUACGUGUUAACUACUGUCUUCUAGAUUCUGACCAGGUGUUUAUUGGAUUUGUGCUAAAGCAGUUUGAAUACAUUGAAGUGGGACAGUUCAGGGAAUCCGAGGCAAUUAUCCCCAAUAUUUUUUUCUUCCUGGUAUUAUUGUCUUAUGAACGAUAUCACUCCAAACAGAUCAUUGGAAUUCCUAAGAUUAUUCAGCUGUGUGAUGGCAUCAUGGCCAGUGGAAGGAAAGCUGUUACACAUGCUAUACCAGCUCUGCAGCCCAUUGUCCAUGAUCUCUUUGUAUUACGAGGAACGAAUAAAGCUGAUGCUGGAAAAGAACUGGAAACACAAAAAGAAGUGGUGGUAUCAAUGCUAUUAAGACUUAUCCAGUAUCACCAGGUGCUGGAGAUGUUCAUCCUAGUACUGCAACAGUGUCACAAAGAGAAUGAAGACAAAUGGAAAAGAUUGUCCCGGCAGAUUGCAGAUGUAAUUCUCCCAAUGCUAUCAAAACAACAGAUGCAUAUCGAUUCCCACGAAGCUCUGGGAGUAUUGAACACUUUAUUUGAAAUUUUAGCUCCUUCUUCACUCCGUCCUGUGGAUAUGCUUUUAAGGAGUAUGUUUGUUAUUCCCAGUACAAUGGCAUCAGUGAGCACUGUUCAGUUAUGGAUAUCUGGGAUCCUAGCUAUCCUUAGAGUUCUGAUUUCACAGUCAACAGAGGAUAUAGUUUUAUCUCGUAUUCAGGAGCUUUCUCUCUCCCCUUACUUAAUGUCAUGUCAAACAAUUAACAGGCUAAGAGAUGGAGAGAAUAAUGUACCUGUACCUGAAGAACAAAUUGAGUUGAAACAAGCUAAAUAUCUGCCUGAAGAGACAUUUUCUAGGUUCUUAUUGCAAUUAGUGGGCAUUCUACUAGAAGACAUUACUACUAAACAGUUGAAAGUGGACAUGAAUGAACAGCAGCACACUUUCUAUUGCCAAGAGUUGGGCACACUGCUUAUGUGUUUAAUACAUAUCUUCAAAUCAGGGAUGUUCAGAAGAAUCACAGCUGCUGCCAGCAGGCUUUUUACAGGAGAUGGAUCUGAUGGUAGUUUUUAUACCCUUGAGAGUCUGAGUGGUCUCGUUCAGUUCAUGAUUCCCACACACCCUUCUUUAGUGCUUCUCUGGUGUCAAAUCCUACUUCUUGUCAAUUACACUAACUACAGCUGGUGGUCAGAGGUGCAUCAAACACCAAAGAGGCAUAGUCUUUCCAGUACUAAAUUGCUGAGUCCUCAGAUAUCUGGGAACAGUGAUGAAUUUGAUUCAGAAUCCAAAUUUGGCAUGUGCAAUCGAGAGAUAGUACGAAGAGGAGCACUCAUUCUUUUUUGUGACUAUGUUUGUCAAAAUCUACAUGAUUCAGAACACUUGACAUGGCUUAUAGUGAAUCAUGUUCAAGAUCUAAUUAAUCUGUCUCAUGAGCCUCCAGUACAAGACUUUAUUAGUGCUGUUCAUAGGAAUUCUGCAGCCAGUGGCCUUUUCAUCCAGGCUAUACAAUCUCGGUGUGAGAACCUUGCAACUCCAACAACACUAAAGAAGACCCUGCAGUGCUUAGAGGGUAUUCAUCUCAGCCAGUCUGGUGCUGUGUUAAUAUUGUAUGUGGACAAGCUUUUGUGUACCCCAUUCCGUGUGCUGGCUCGUAUGGUUGACACACUUGCCUGUCGUCGAGUAGAAAUGCUUUUGGCUGCAACUCUGCAGAACAGCGUUUCUCAGUUGCCAGUUGAAGAACUGGAUAGAAUUCAGGAAUAUCUUCAAAACCGUGGAUUAGCACCAAGACACCAAAGACUUUACUCGCUGUUGGACAGGUUUCGCCUUACAGUAGCACCAGAAACAACUAGCCCUUCGCCUUUGGUUACUACACACCCACUGGAUGGGGAAAACCAAUCAGCCUUAGAGAACAUAAUUCCAGACAAAGAUUGGUAUGUAUCACUAGUCAGAUCACAGUGCUGGGUCAGGUCUGACUCUGCACUGCUUGAAGGUACAGAGCUGGUGAAUAGGAUACCUCAGCCUGAAUUGAACUCCUUCAUGACCAAUAAGGAGUUUAAUUUAAGCUUGUUAGCUCCCUGUUUAAGCCUUGGCAUGAAUGAAAUCUCAGAAGACCAGAAGAGCAACCUCUUUGAAACUGCCCGUAGAGUAACUCUAGAUCACGUGUCUACCUUUGUCCAAGAACUUCCUGCCAUCCAUCAGGUUUUUCAGCCAUUGCAGCCAACUGAGACUUCAGCCUAUUGGAGCAAACUAAGCGAUAUUUUUGGAGACAGGAUGAUGUAUCAGACUUCGAUGAGACUCUGUCGUGCACUGGCUCAGUAUUUAUCGUUCCUCUCUAAAUUACCAGAAUCUCUCUGUAUUCCACCUGACAAAGAAAGUGACAUCCUCAAAUUUGUAGUAAUGUCAUUAGAGGCACUGUCAUGGCAUUUAAUACAUGAACAGAUUCCACUAAGUAUAGAUCUUCAAGCUGUUUUGGAAUGCUGCUGCCUAACAUUACAACAUCCUGGUCUCUGGAAUUUGCUGGCUUCUGCGGUGUAUGUGACACAGGCUUGUUCCCUAAUUAAUUGUGUCAGAUUUAUAAUAGAAGCAGUUGCGAUUGAACCUGGAAACCAGCUUCUUUGUCCAGAAAGGAAAAAGAAUACUUCAAAAGGGGUCAGUGAGGAUGAAGUUGAUUCAAAUUCUCAAAAAAUGAAAUGUAUUACAGCAGCUUGUGAAAUGGUGGCUGAGAUGGUGGAGUGCUUACAAACUGUCUUGGCUCUGGGACAUAAGAGGAACAACAGUAUCCCAGCAUUUCUCACUUCUUUGCUUAAGAACAUCAUCAUCAGCUUGGGUAGGCUGCCUCUAGUAAACAGCUAUACAAGAGUACCUCCUUUGGUCUGGAAACUAGGCUGGUCACCAAAACCUGCAGGUGAUUUUGGCGCAGCAUUUCCAGAAAUCCCUGUAGAAUUUCUUCAGGAAAAAGAAAUUUUUAAAGAGUUCAUCUAUCGCAUUAAUACACUGGGAUGGACUAGCCGUACCCAAUUUGAAGAGACCUGGGCCACUCUGCUUGGAGUGCUUGUAACUCAACCAAUUGUAAUGGACCAAGAAGAAAAUCAACAAGAGGAAGACACAGAGAGGACCCAAAUUAAUGUUCUUGCAGUACAAGCCAUAACCUCCUUGGUGCUGAGUGCAAUGACAAUACCAGUUGCAGGCAAUCCAGCUGUUAGUUGCUUGGAACAGCAGCCUCGUAAUAAAGCUUUAAAAGUUCUGGAUACAAGGUUUGGGAGGAAGUUAAGUGUUAUCAGAGGAAUUGUGGAACAAGAAAUCCAAGCAAUGAUAUCUAAGAGAGAUAAUAUUGCCACUCACCAUUUUUAUCAAGCGUGGGACCCUGUUCCUUCACUUUCUCCUGCUACCACAGGUGGUCUUAUCAGCCAUGAAAAACUUUUACUGCAGAUCAAUACUGAGCGAGAAAUGGGAAACAUGGGCUAUAAACUAGGACAGGUUUCUAUACACUCCGUGUGGCUAGGAAAUAACAUCACUCCAUUGAGAGAAGAGGAGUGGGAUGAAGAUGAAGAAGAUGAGAGUGAUAUGCCUGCUCCUUCUUCACCACCAACCUCUCCUAUUAACUCCAGGAAACACCGGGCUGGGGUUGAUAUACAUUCUUGCUCUCAGUUCUUGCUUGAGCUGUACAGUCAGUGGAUAUUGCCAUCAAAUCCUAGCAAGAGAACACCAGUCGUUCUGAUUAGUGAAGUGGUGCGAUCACUUCUGGCAGUGUCUGACUUGUUUACAGAAAGGAAUCAAUUUGAAAUGAUGUACACAACAUUGACAGAAUUGCGGAAGGUACAUCCAUCAGAAGAUGAGAUUCUCAUUCAGUAUUUGGUACCAGCCAUAUGCAAAGCAGCUGCUGUUCUUGGAAUGGAUAAAGCUGUAGCUGAGCCAGUAAGUCGUUUGUUGGAAUCAACACUACGCAGCACCCAUAUGCCAAGUCGGAUUGGAGCUCUGCAUGGAAUUCUCUAUGUGCUGGAAUGCGACUUGCUUGAUGAAACAGCAAAGCAACUCAUUCCAAUUAUCUGCGAGUAUUUGCUUUCCAAUCUGAGAGGGAUAGCACACUGUCUAAAUGUCCAUAACCAACAGCAUAUUUUAGUGAUGUGUGCUGCAGCAUUCUACUUGAUAGAGAAUUACCCACUCGAUGUAGGGCCUGAAUUCUCUGCAGGAAUUAUGCAGAUGUGUGGAGUAAUGGUGUCUGGAAGUGAUGAAUCAACUCCAUCCAUUAUCUAUCAUUGCGUCUUGAGAGGAUUAGAACGACUCCUUCUUUCAGAGCAACUUUCUAGGCUGGAUAGUGAAUCUUUAGUUAAACUAAGUGUUGACAGAGUGAACACACACAGUCCCCACAGAGCUAUGGCAGCCUUGGGAUUAAUGCUGACCUGCAUGUAUACAGGAAAAGAGAAAAUCAGUCCAAGUCGAGCAACAGAUACAAAUCCCACAGCUCCAGAUAGCGAGUCUGUUAUUGUGGCUAUGGAACGGGUAUCUGUUCUUUUUGAUAGGAUCCGGAAAGGAUUUCCUUUUGAAGCUAGAGUAGUGGCACGGAUCCUCCCUCAGUUCCUAGAUGACUUUUUCCCUCCACAAGAUGUAAUGAACAAAGUUAUUGGAGAAUUUCUAUCUAACCAGCAGCCAUACCCACAGUUCAUGGCCACAGUAGUUUAUAAGGUUUUUCAGACACUACAUACCACUGGACAGUCAUCAAUGGUCCGUGAUUGGGUGAUGCUAUCGCUCUCCAACUUCACACAGAGAACACCUAUUGCGAUGGCAAUGUGGAGUCUUUCCUGUUUUUUUGUCAGUGCUUCCACCACUCAGUGGGUUUCAGCGAUUCUUCCACAUAUUAUCAGCAGAAUGGGAAAAUCGGAGCAAGUGGACAUUAACCUCUUCUGUUUGGUGGCAAUAGACUUUUACAGGCACCAGAUAGAUGAGGAACUAGACCGAAGGGCCUUUCAGUCUGUGUUUGAGAUGGUAGCAUCACCAGGAAGUCCGUAUCAUCGCCUACUAACUUGCUUAAAAAAUGUUCACAAGAUCACAGCAUGUUAAACAUCAUAAUUAUGGUUAAUGAAACUCGGUGGCUUAAGUCUGGAAUCUGGUCUGAACAUUUAGAGAAAUAUGAAAGUGUAGAAAGCAGUUGGAAUUUGCAUCUGCAAUAAAUGUGCAUCUGUCAGUUUUAGAUUUCAUGUUCGUUUGCAUGGGGAAGUACUUUGCACCGCAGAAAGUCACAGAAAGUUGUAAUAGGAACAUUCUUGUUAGCCCGUGGGUAGCUGUGCUACUAGGAAGUAUGCACAUGUUUUAAGUAAUGUUUGGGACUAACCUGAGGCUGAAUUACUAACUGUGAAAUAUUUGAGCGAGUACUGUUUGCAGGAUAGCCAGUUAUUGCUUUUCUUCCUGAUGUUCAACUUAAAUCACCGUGUUGCAUCUGGUAUUGAAACUGACAAAUACUUUCAGUGCAAGUUUGCAGUCAUUACAAAUCUUUAUACUUUUGUGUGUGUGUGUAUAUGUGUAUAUAUAUAAAAACACACACAUACUGUGAGGUAGUAUAGAUCAGAAAUUGUUCCCUAAUGUCUCUCCCAAACAAGGAAAAGAGACUAGUUUUCAGGAAUAGCACUCCUAGCAUGUAAUUCUUCUAUCCCUGGACUUUCUAAUGUACUGUGGUAUAUGUGUUGGUGGCAUGGAACAUGUAGUGCACAUACAUAACCACACUUCUAUUUUUUUCUCAGGAUUUGAAAUUUGAGUACAAUAUAUCGGUAAAAGAAAUUUUAACUUAAAUAUUUCUAUAUCAUGUAAAGUAUGUAAAAUUGUAAAAUGUGUGGUGCAUGAGAUGUGCUGUAAUUUGAAAUGAACAAAAAGCCACUCUAAUGAAUGUCAUGACAUCUCUAUUGCCCUCAUUUUUUCAUUGUGUGCUCAAGUUCAUGCCUGUUUUUAAAAUCCAUCUUAGUGUACAGUUUACAUUUUAUGUUCUACAUUUCACGUUUCUGUAUGUUAACACUUUAAAACUUGGAAUAUAUUGACUAGUUUGUGUUGAAACUGUGUUAAGACAUUUUUGUGAUCCAUUUGACUGUAGCUUGUUUUGAGUUUCUUUAUUUUGAGAUGUAGAGGAGAAGGGAAUAGAUAUCCUGAAUCGGCCCUUUGCAUGGUAAGCUGUGUUUACCUGCUGCAGAGGUGGGGUUUUUUGUUGUUUUUGUUUUUAAGAAAAAAGGUAUGCAAGUCCCCAGUAACCAAUCUCUAUCUAGCUUUUUCAUUUAUACAGACAGAAAUCAUGGAGUCAUUUGGAUAUAAACCACACUCACUUUACUCUAAGCAAAUGUAUGUUGACAAUUAAGCAUCAAAAGUUUAAUAUGGUCUACUUUGGGGCUGGCUAAGGAGUUAAAUUACACAACCUCUUUUAUUAGUUAUCUACAAUAUAAUGUUACACCCAAACACAGCAUAAACGUUCACAAAUUCAAAAAUUCUCCAAUUCUACGCAGGGCUAGAUUCUGCUUUGACCUUACACCUCAUGCAAGCCAUUGAUAUUAGUUGGUUACACAUGGGGAAAUCUAGGGCAGUAUUUUUCUUACAACUAUCUGAUAUAAUUCUUUAAUAUAGAAAAGCAAUGCCUUGGUUCUGAGCUGCAUUGCUAUAUUUAACCUCAUUACAUUCUCAUUAACACCUGUUGGUAACACUCAGAAUAUCUCGAUAGUGUUAUCAAAAGGAGCAUAUACUGUAUGUAUUUGUGUAUAUAAUAUAUAUGUAAUUAUACACAUGUGACUACAUUAAUGUAUACAAAUGUGUAUAUUUGUAUUUAUUAAACCCGUGGAUUUAAACAAAUUCCAAUUGUUAGAACAAAAAUAGUUGCUUUUGCCCAUAAUUUGAUUACAAAGGAACUACCCAAUGAUGUCACUUCCUCUUCUGAUAGGUAUGAAACUGAUGGGAUGGGCACCAGAAAUAAUCGUAGACACUGCUGUAUGUAGCUGUUCAACAGCGUUUACUACCUAUAGUUAUUUCUGCCCUCUGACUUGGCAUAUUCUUUUUCCUUGGGCCACAGCUCUGUGGUAACUUUUUUUAAAAAAGUAAAGGUUUUAUUUAUACUGGAAAUCUUACAUUACUGGAAAGAGUUCACUUGUCAGGGCAGCGAGCUAUAAUGCCCUCAGAUUGCAAAUAAGUAUAGAUCACUAAUCCCUUUUGUAAUCCUCAAUGAUAAUUUUCUACUAUAAACUCCCAUGCUAGACAGGUUUUUGUAUAAUAUACUGUAAGUGAAGAUAUUUUUGUAAGCUAUUUUCCAAAAUUUAAAAUAGAUUUUAAUAUAUUUUUGAAGCAUCUGGUAGUCACAUCUUCACCAUAGAUCACUAUACUUUCUGUAUCACAAACAGAUAAAUCUUUCUUACUUUAAACUUCAUAAAUAACGAAUGCAUGGUUGGUCAGUAUGCCUCCAUGAAAUGCAGGCUGGCCAUUCCAGCUUCUGAAAUUUUCCAAACAAAUCAACAGGAACUUGCCAUAGAAACUUUCCAACCAGUAAAAAGAGUUUAUUAAGUAAAGGAGUCAGCAUGUGACAGAUUCCCUUUUCUCAGUACUGUUGUUGACAUUUGAUAGGAUUAUCAGGUUUCCCACUUCUAACUGCUACCCAAAAGUGAUGUAGCCAUUUUCUACUUCAGAUAAAUUCAAGGAUAAUCAAAGUAGAUGUAGGUCUUGGUCUUAUCUCCAUGAAGAUUUGUCAUAGCAAACCUAAACAUGUUUUCUAUGUGUUUUUAGAUCUUCACUGUUUCUAGAUUUUUCUCUCUCAGAAUAAUUAACUCAAUACAAACUCACCUCCAUUUUCAGAUGUAUGAUUGUCGUGAAGGGGACAGGACUUGUUAUUCUCCAUAGUUUGUAAUUACAUGUUGAUAAGGCUAAAAAUUGACAUUUUUCAUCUGUUGUAUACAUACAUUUUGUCCUUUUUUCUUUUGGAGUGAAAAUUAUUAUUUUUGUAUUUGUAAUAAUCAAAACUAAUCUACAUAAUUCUGGUAACACCCUUCAAAGGUUACAUUGUGUUUUAUUACAUAAUUUCUGCUUCUGGCAGCAGAACAAAAUAACACAUGGUCAUGUUUUAUGUCUAUUUAAAAAAAAUAGGUUAGUUUUUUUAUUACCAUCUAUAAGAAUUGUUCCUUCAGGGCAACAUUUUUUUUUAUAUAUUUGACCAAGAUUGACUUGUAUCCCUUUCUAUUAUGCGAUACCAGUGACAUAAAACAGAUCCAUGCUUGACAUCAAAUUGAUUUCAGAAAUGUUUUCAUUUAAACCCGAGAGAAAUAUUGUUAGAGAUAUAUCUGGUGUCCCAAAUAACUAAAAUAAGCAAUAUUUAUCCUAUUCUAAAGCACAGAAUGCAAAUUGAUAAAUUUUUCUUUAGAGGGUCUUGAAAUAGUUUAUAGUAUAGCUGAGAAGAAAAUAUAUCUGUGAACAAGCAAAUUAAGUUAUUGAAAUCUGUGAGGUUUGACCAAUAUAACCUGCUUUUUUUUUAUAAAGUGCCUCUUUUGAGACUCUUGUUCUUGCCUCUGAAUUUUUAAAAUGUAUCAGGCAAAUAUCACUUAACCAGUAAAAUUCCUUCUUUUCAGUGAAGUUUCUUAUUUUCUUCUCUUGCUGUGAGUGAAACAGAGGAGAAAUUUGAAAUACUGUUUGCUUGAUACUAAAACAAGUUCUAUUAAUGCAGAUAGUUUCUAUUUGCAAUUUAAGAUGCUGUCAGUUGAGGUGGUAUUAAUGAUUCUUCUCUUUAGCCCUUUCUGCCCACUUUGGGGAUGUCCCCCUCAAAGAAAUGAAUCCAAGCAGCCAGUACUCAUGCAUUCUACUUCCAUUUGGGUAAAAUCCCUUCUCAGCAUGAAAGGAUAGCAUCUUAGAUUCACUAAUUGACAUGAAUGCUGUGAAUACCAAAUGAGCAGCUUUCAGUUAGACUUGAAAAUAAAUUAGUCAACCUUCAGGUUAAAAGUGAAUUCCAAGCUAAUAUUUUUGUAAUUCUAUUUUAGGGCCAUUUCAUCAUGUCACUUUGUACAGCAAGUAGAAAGGUUGUGCCAAAAUACUGCCAAGGCAAUUCUCCAAGAGAAGCAAACUUAAGUUGUCUUACGGUAUUGAAGAGCUGUCGUGACUUAACACUAUCCAUGCAUCAUGCCUCCUGAAUUCAAGAAAAAUUCAGGUGUAAUGAGCAAUAAAUAUAGCAAUAAGCAGUGUAAGAGAGUGUUAGUUAUUCAGGAUUUUACCCCAGGGUUCUUUGUGUGGUCAAACUGAGUUAGUGCUUUAAAUAAGUUUGUUUUUUUUAUAAAGUCCCCAAGAGUAUUAUGCAUUAAAACCAGGAACCAACUGAGGAUAACAAGGGCCACAUAAUGACACUAUUAUGUUACAGUAACAAGAAGGCAAUUUUAAAGGUUAUAAAAACAGCAAAAAAAGUAUUUAGAUAAUUCUCUAGUUAGGUAACUCCCUGGUAGAACUGGAGAAUCAGGGAUGCCUACCUAUGGUUAGGAUAAACAUUGCACCAAAGAAUUUGGAAAGGGUGCCAAAGUCCAAUGUGCUAAUUUACCUAUUUUGAGAAUUCAGGUGGAAAUUUUUGUGCCUGUUACCUUACAGUAUCCAUUAAACGUUUUCAAAAACACCACUAACGUUCCUACCCUGGAGAGCUUCUAUGGUGUGUCAAGUAUUAAAGUUAGGUGGACAUAAAUGCCGUGGAAACAGUUUAGGGAUGCAUGUACUGCUUUGUCACAUGCGUGUUGUGUGUGGGCUUGUCAUUCACAUCAGUCUUUGUCUACACAUAACGUCAAAUUAGACCAGCCUGGCAAAGGAGGGACAAAGUAAUCGGCAUACCACACAAGUCCUGUGAUGAUUUGAGGGCUAUGAUGGGCAAGGCUUGGAGCCCCAGCAUCAACAGUAGCUGUAUGCAGAACACAAGGAAGGAAUAUAAUUUUAGAUGUAUGUUUAAAUUUAAAGACACUUGCAGAAAAUAUUGCACAUUUAAAAUUAGAGAAAAUAAACUAUAAAUUAUAAAUUGCUGUAUGUGGCUUGUUUAUUUAAAAAUAAGUUUUGAAAUACACUUUAAAAGGCUGCAAUAAAAGUGUGUGUGUGUGUGUGUGUGUUCUCUACGCUGAUCCAAGUAUAGGGAAUGUUGAAAAAACAUGAAAACAUUAGAGCUUAUACACCUUCAUGUAAACUUUAGUACUAGUUAUAAGUUAAACAAGAUAAACUUUAAAAACAACAACUAGUCUGGUAGCACUUUAUAGACUAACAAAACAUGUGAUAGUAUCAUGAGCUUUUGUGGGCACAGCCCACUUCUCCAGAUGACCAGAGUGUUGGAUGUCCAGAACUAAAAUAAAUAGGGGAGGAGGGGGGAGAGAAAAAAAUGGGAGGGGGGAAACAAGAAGAGGCAAUGGGUAUAAAAAUAUCAAAGGGAAAGUUGAGCUGGAAUGUAACAGGAAAAAACAAAUAGUAUAUAAGCACUUAAAGACUGGAUAGUCAAAAGAGGCAGAUAAGAACCAUUAAUCAGGUUAAACAAGGAUGAUCACACUGAAGAUUUUUUUUACUACUUUUGAAAGACACACUUUGCAGAACU